GCCAAAGAGCGCCAUGACAGGUGGUAGUGUUAACGAUGUAUUAUGGAAGAUGUGACUUGGCUGUAAAGUGGCCUAAAAAUAGUCGCUGUAAAAGCGUAAAAUCUAUGUACUAUAAAAUUAUGGCGAUGACUAAUGACGAAUACCAUGAACAUUAAAAUCCAUCGUGAAAGAAUGAUGCAUUGUUUAAAAUAUGCGAGAUGGUAAAUUGCUUACAGCACUACUGCCUCGCCAGAGCCCUUGAACCACAAGGGCCUAGAGGCAUGUGCUAUUCAAAAUAAUUAUCGCAGCGGCAUCCUCUGGAGAGAGGAAGCGCUACGAACGUGUGGGGCUAAUAACAUGCAACACAACAUCUUUCAAAAAACCUAGGACGGCGUUGCUGUCAAAGAGUGGUUCUGGACCAAGUAACAUAACAGGAUGAAGGGGGAUGCGGUGCCGGUAUGCUACGAGAAAAUGUUUUUUUCUUUCGGAUUCGGCUUCCCGACACUCCAGUAGGACGUGGAGGACGGUCAGCCUCUCCCCGCAUCUACCACAGGUUGGAGGCUCGUUUCCCGUAUCUGUUGUCCACGCAGUUCUAUGCAAGGAUCUGGGAUAAGUCCUCUCUUUCUUGUAAAAAGAACACAAGAGCUUUUGUUAGGAUUUAUCUUAAACCCAUUCUUGUCUGCCCACAUUGACACUUUGUUCAGGCCAUGCUGUACCUGUCUCUCGCAGACUGCGAGGUUACACGAUUUGAAAGCUAUUUGAAUGUCGUCCACGUAGACAGAAUAAAAGAUUGCCGGUGGUAAUGAAGCGCGAAGCGUGUUCAUCUUCACGAUGAAGAGUGUGCAGCUGAGCACGCCUCCUUGGGGUACACCCGUUUCUUGCGUAAAAGGACGCGAGAGUACAUUACCGACUUUUACCCGGAAUGUACGACUGGACAAAUAGCUUUCUAUGAGGUUUAGCAUAUUACCAUGGAUGCCCAUUUCCGACAAGUCUCUUAAGAUUCCGUAACGCCACGUCGUAUCAUACGCCUUCUCCAUAUCUAGGAAUAUGGAUAACAAAAACUGUUUGUGCACAAAUGCGUCCCGAAUAUUUGCUUCUACACGUACAAGAUGGUCACUUGUGGAGCGCCCUUCUCGGAAGCCGCACUGAUAAGGAUCAAGCAUUUUGCUCUGUUCAAGGAAAUGAAUGAGUCGCCGGUUUAUCAUUUUUUCAAACACUUUACAAAUGCAACUUGUGAGGGCUAUCGGGCGGUAACUUGCCACUGAGGAAGGGUCUUUGCCUUGUUUCAAAACAGGGACCACAAUGGCUUCCUUCCACGCGGUUGGAAGGUACCCUGCAUUCCAGAUGGUGUUGAAAAGUGUGAGUAGUGUAAGUUGCGUGUCAUUGUGUAAGUUUUUGAGCAUUUCAUACAUGACUCUAUCAGAUCCUGGUGCGGAGCUCUUGCAUGCGCUCAGGGCAGCUCUUAAUUCGGCAAUACUAAAUGGACGGUUGUAAGGCUCAUUCUCUCGACAUUUUCUUGUUAGUGGCUUACGUUCUUCUAUUUGCUUAUAUUUCAGGAAGGAUUGCGAAUAAUGAUUUGAACUUGAUACGCUCUCAAAGUGCUCCCCAAAAGGCACGCACCAGAGGAAAAAAGGAACUGUUCAACAAGACGACCUCGCGCAUCUAUACGAGAGUCGCCCCACAGGGAGCUGUGCGCAUUGAAAUCGCCAAGUACAACUUUUGGAACACAACAGAGCCAAUAUGGACCGUUACUACAGCGGACACUGAAAAUUCUGGCCUUUCCUGUCUUGUAGACGUCAAGGAAAAUGACACUGGAAGUUACACAUAUUUCCAAAGAUCUCACAACGUCUCAAGCACACAAGAGAGGAAGACUGUCGAGUUCAAGGGGUAUGUUUCUCCAGGAAACAAAUUUGAUCGAACAGCCAUGCUACUUUAUUAUACAAAUAACACGCUAUAUGCCAAGGAGGACUUGCUGUACGAAAGUCCCGAUAGCAGCUGUGGUGUCAUUAAGUUUUUCCAUCAUCCCGAAGUCAUCAGACUUGACCUACGAGUGAAGAAUUCUUCGAUAGAAACGGGACGCCAUACUAUCUGCUUCCAAUAUUUUCUUCAAGCGGUUAAGUACUACCAAAGCAAGCCUCCGUACCCGGAUAUUAAGAAUAGGACACUCUAUAAUUCUUCAUGUCAAGCAAUACUUAAAUCACUUAAAAGUGGAUGUUAACCGACAUAACCAUUACGUUUUAGUAUGCAUAAGAAAACAGGAGCCUGGGACUAAAGUUUUUGGGAUUAUUAUGACUUUUCAUUUUUUUUCGCUUUCGUUUCUGGCUUGCGCGUUACCGCGUACGUUAUGUAGUAUUUUGUGCGCCAUCGAAACAAUUUCUUAUUUCCCUUUUUUUAAAGCGGUUUAUGUUCUAUUGCUUUUCUUUCUGCAAAUUUCAGCGUGGUUUCACGGCUCUGCCAACCUUGCUCGUUAUACUGUUUUUGUAUAAGCUAUUUCCUUAGUUUACUGCAUAAUUGAAGGGCAAUACGAAAAAAAUACUCCAAGGUACAAGAGUAAUUAAAAGCUGAAGCUUCUUUUCA